AUGCUGCAAACUUCGUGGCCGGUCCCGGAUGCUGAAGUUGAGUUCGUGUGCCUCACCACUCGGUCCCGAGACCAGCUGCUCGGUAACAAAUGCCUGGGAAUCAAAGAGCAGCGCUUCACCUUUGAAGAUGGUCAGCUGAAGACUCCGGAUAACAAAUGUGUGACGGCAGUGGCAUUUUCGAAAGCGCUGCGGCAGACUGAACUCAAUCAGACCCUCCGCGACGAGUCUUCCGCGCUGGAUGCCGUGCUUGAGGAGUGUGUUGGCCUUCAGGAACAGCGUGUUUCUUUCUACCCAGAUGGCACUAUUCAUCUCGAGAUGCAGGAGUCUCUUUGCCUCGACUGGGAUGUGGGUGGACUGUUUCGCUCCAACAACGUCUACUUCUACACAUGCAACAAGCAGCAGAACCAAGUAUGGGCCAAAAUACAACCGGCUCCGGCAGUUUUCGUGACUUCCUUCCCAUCUUUUGGGGUCAACGCGCACUGCUUGGCUUUCCAGGACCAGGAGGUGAAAGCUAUUCCAGAGGGUGGGGAUUGUCCAAAGUGGCAGUGGGAUUUCGCAACUUCUGCUCUGGUCCUUGGCGACUCCUGUCUGACGAUGUCCGAUUUCCCCGAACUCAAGGAUGCGAACGAGACAGUCAAGAACUUGGCAAAAGAAGAUGCCACACUGCAGGAUUGCGACGGUUCCGAAGCUCAGAAAUUCAUCUAUAACGCCGAUGGCACGAUUCUGCCACAGGGGCAAGAUCUUUGCUUAGACUGGGAUGUGGCCGGCGUCUUUAUCAAGGACAAUGUUUACUUCUACACUUGCAAUCGUCAAAGCAACCAAAUGUGGGUGAGUGUGGAAGAUUGGGUGCCUGUGGAAGGUUCUUGA